GCUACGAAAAUCUUUACAUGGAUUGACGCUGUUGUAGAAACAAGACUAAAGAUUCUUGACCGAUUCAAGAAAGGUAGCUACGGCAGCCCCUUCCCCUAGCCCCUGCACUCUUGUGUGAGUGCCUGUAAAGGUUCGGUAAAAGGGACAAAAUGGGUAAAGAAUAUCCGUGGUAGUUACGAUCUAACACCAUAUUAAUUUAUUCAGAAAUUAGUGAAGCAACUACGAAAAUUCGAUGAUUUAUAGGUCCAAUACACACACCAGACGACUUUAAAAUCAAAGAACACAGCGACUGAGAAGAAUCUUAACGACAAAUCCUCAAAAAUGUCGAUUGCGAAGAAAGGGCUUCAACAGUACUUGCUUCAGCUGCAACAGCAUCCUUUAAGAACAAAGGCUUUGACAGCCGGAGUCUUGUCGGCGAUCAGCGAUAUCGUGUCUCAAAAGCUCACAGGCAUCCAGAAAUUGCAAAUCCGUCGACUUCUUCUCAAAGUGCUUUUUGGGUGUGCAUAUCUUGGACCAUUUGGGCAUUUCUACCACUUAUUGUUGGAUAAGUUGUUCAAGGGCAAAAAAGACACGACAACAGUUGCCAAAAAGGUGUUGCUUGAACAAGUGACAUCUUCUCCAUGGAACAACUUGAUUUUUAUGCUUUACUAUGGGCUUGUUAUCGAGGGAAGAUCAUGGAUCCAAGUGAAAUCUAAAAUCAAGAAGGAAUACCCCACAGUACAAUACGCAGCAUGGACGUUCUGGCCAGUAAUCGGGUGGAUAAACCACCGCCACGUGCCACUGCAAUUCCGUGUCAUUGUCCAAAGCUUUGUUGCAAUGUUAUGGGGUAUAUUCUUGAAUCUAAGAGCAAGAUCAGUAUUGACAAUUAAAAAAGAUUAGGGAAUUUGAAAGGAACUUCUCAAAUAAUUUCUUCUGCUGCUGCAAGAAUUGGCUCUUAUUUAGUUUAAAAUAUUAUUAAAGGUAUGUUUUUACUGUUUUCGAAUGUUUUUAUUCAGAUAUGCAAAAACAUCAAGAUGGGUUUAUGUUCCGUUGCCUUUUAUCUUGUUUUUAAAGGUUGGGUUGUAAUUGUCUAUGUAUUAUUAUGACAGCGACUAAUUAGAAAUUUAGAAUCAAUGAUAUGGUUACAUGUUAUGUGUUGUAUAA